UGAGUAAGAUAACUUUCUAUUGACAUACACCACAGUGUAAAAUUCUCACAAUCGAGGAACACCACGACUGGAAUAAAAAGAUGAACGUUUUGGCAUUUAUAAGCUUCGUGUGUUGCUCCGCUGUUUUCGGGUUACCGUACUAUCGGGAUAGGAUUCCGAAUGGGCAUCAUGUACCCAAUCCAUGCGAUGGUGGUGCUACUAUAUGGGAAGCUGUGGGACACUACAAUCCACAUUAUUACACAGUCGAUAAAAACCCAUUUGCACAGGACUUUGCAGCUGCUGGGCACGUUUGGACAGUAGCGCUGUGCCAGAAGGACAGUGACGGUGACGGGGCGACAAAUGGUGUCGAACUUGGUGACCCAACAUGCGUUUGGACUGCGGGGGCCACGCCAACCGGAAGUGCUACUGGACACCCAGGUAUUUGCAAUCCUGUUGGCUCAUGCGCAGGUCAGGCGUAUACUUGCGACUGCGUUGGCCACAACUGUGUUGGAAAAUAAAUGACCUUGUUAUGUUAUGUGUUCUUGAUUUUCAUAUGCCACUGAAAUACGAUUAAAAGUAAAUACAUGUACAAUUUAUA